ACAAGAUGCUGGACAUACUGAUACUGAGCCGCAUCGACUAUCAAACGUUGCUGGUGUGUCUGUUCAAUCCGUACCUGGCCGGGCGGGACGAGAUGGCGGACGAACGCAACAUGUUCUGCUAUCAUCUGCGCACGAUGGAAGAUGUGGCACAGUUCAACCAGGAGGCGCAGCGGUUCACUUACGAGCGGAUUAACAACCUGCAUCACUAUCAGCUACAGGUGGCCAUUACGGAUGUGGAGCUGAUGUCGAAAGCAGUUUACUUUCGAAAUGGGUCGAUUCAUCGCUAUCAGUACCUGGACGGAGAGAUGGUGGAAAUUUUUCGCCAAAGAAUGAACUUCACCAUCAAAUAUCUCGAACUAAACUACCAAGAGUCGGUCGGCUUCAUUUCAUCGAACGGCAGCAUCGGUGGAUCGCUGAAGAUGCUCGAGGAAAAUACGAUCGAUCUAGCGGCAAACUCGCGUUCGAUUAUGCAGCACCCCAUGCGGAACCUACAGUACGUCCAUUUCCUGUGCCCCAUCCGGCUGGUGUUUGUGGUCCCGUUCAACUAUUUCGUCAAUCGCUACAAGAUGGUCUUCUUCCAUGCCUUCUCGCUGCAAAUGUACUUCACGAACAUUGCCAUGGCCGUGCUCAUACCGUCCCUGCUGCUGAUGCUGGUGCGCCGUGACUUUUCCGUACCCGCGUACGUAAAGGAAUCGUUUCGCAUUCUGGCGAUUGUGUUUGCGUGCAGCGUCGCCUUGCCACGGAACACGCGCCAUCGCCUGGUGCUGAUGGGGUUGAUGUUUUACAGCAUCGUGGCCUACUCCGCCUGGCAGGGCAUUACGAUCGUGCAGCUAAACCAGGACGGCGAAAAGCUGCGCAACAUACAAACGCUCGAGGAGCUGGCCGAAACGGACCUGGACCUGAAGGCCAUCGUCACGUUCGGCAAUGCGAUUCGCGGCAAGGCGUGGAAUGGGAGCGAUGUGCGGGGCCGCAUAGCAGCGCGGCUCGAUGUACAGUGGACGCCGUCCAACAUCAGCAUCAUACCGGAGGUGGCGGACAAUCGUACAACCGCGGUGCCGAUCAUAGAGUAUUUUGUGGAGGUAGUGCGAUCGCGCUACUUCGACCCGGUGCGGAAGCGCAGCAAGGUGUACUUCAUCCAUGAACCGUUCAUCGAGUACCUGACCGCGAUGGCACUGCCGAAGAACUCGCCACUGUUUCCCACCAUCCGACGGCUGACGAUGAGCUGUCUCGAGAAUGGAAUCGUGAACUUUCAGCUAUCGCUCAUACGGCACAAGGGCGUGCUGCUGCAGAUCGCCCAGAAUCGCAACAGAACUUUGCGCGACGAACCGCCGGCCAGAAAGGUGAACCUGUUCAACAUGCGCUUUGUGUUUUUCGUGUAUCUGGUAAUGAAUGGAGGGGCCAUUUUGGUGUUCUUUUUUGAACUAGCUUACCAUCGCCAUCAGAAAAAGCGCACAACAUUGCGCAGCAAUCGACGGCGGGCACGUGCAAGACGUUCUUCAAUUAUUUGGCCAUACAUCGAGUAAGGGGAAAAUUCAUACUAGUGAUGGGAGCUCGAGAUUGUAUAGGUGAAUCCACUCCAACUCCGACAUACUUAAUCCGGAUCCGACUCCGAAAUAAAUAUGGCUCCGAAUCCGACUACUCAGCUCGAAUACAGAUACAAUUGGCUCCGAAUGAAACCGAAUUACUCCGCUCAAAUUCAAAUGUUUGCUAUUGAAUCCGUUUCACUACCAUUCUUGAUUCGUAGAGAAAAAUACUUACAUUACAAAAGCAAGGUAUCAAGCAAUCCUAGCUUCUAGCUACUAACAUUGCUGCCUUGAUAGCUACCGCCCAUUUUGCCCAUCACUAAUGCACACCAACACUAAUUCACCUUCGUGAUUGACACUACAUCAAAAGUAUUAAAAUAUUUUUGUUCUUAUUUACCAAAUCUUCUACGUAUUUAUCUUUGGAAAAGUAUUGGAAAAAUCAUAUUUAAAAUAAAAUAAUCCUCGAGAAGCCAUGCGUAACGCCUGCCAAUAAAAUCUCACUCAUGUGUCUUAGCUUAAUGGAGGCGCCUAGUGGCUUGAUGAAAAAUACUGUAAAAUGAAUUCUUGACAGAACAGGUAACAUAGAAAAAGUAAAAAAAACAAUUGAAAUUCAUUGAUUUCAAGUAUAAAUACAAUUGCGGUGUGAAGAAUAAUCCUGUAAUCAAAACAGGAUCUUUUUCAUCAUUUAAUAUUUGUAUGAAUGAAAAUG